AUGAAAGGAGGAAAAUAUCUUUUCUCUCCUCUCUCUUCUCUCUCUCUCUCUUUCUCUCUUUCUCAUUUCCUUCUCUCUCUUCUUUCUCCCUUCCUUCCCUUUUCUCUUUUCCUCCUUAUUAUCUCCUUGAAACCUUUCUAUCUUUCUUUUUUUUUUUCCUCUCACUCUCAGUCAAGAUUCUCUUUCUAUUUACAUUUUUUUUUUUCUUUUCUCUCUCUCUCUCUCUCUCUCUCUCUUUUUCUUCUUUUUUCGUCCAUUUCCUUCUCUCUCUUCUUUUUCCCUUCCUACCCUUCUUUCUUUUUUUUCCCUCCUUCUUUAUCUCUUGAAACCUUUCUUUCGGUCGAUCUUUUUUUCUCUCAGUCAAUUUUCUUUCUUAUUUUCUUGAAAAGAAAAAUUUAUCUCUCUCUCUCUCUUUCUCUCUCUCUCUCUCUCUUUUUCUUCUUUCUCCAUUCCUUCUCUCUCUUCUUUCUCCUUUUCCUACCCUUCAAUUUCCUCUCUCUUCUUUUUCCUCUUGAAACCUUUCUAUCGGUCUCUCUUUUCUCUCUUUCAGAUUCUCUUUCUAUUUACAUGAAAAGGGAAAAUAUCCACUCUCUCUCUCUCUCUCUCUCUCUCUCUUUCUUUUUUCCAAUUCCUUCUCUCUCUUUUUCUCUCUUUCCUACCCUUCUUUCUUUUCCCUCCUUAUUAGAAUUGAAACCUUUCUAUCGGAGAAAAUAUUUCUCUCUCUCUCUUCUCUCUCUCUCUCUCUCUCUUUUUUUAACGUUUUUCCUUCUCUCUCUUCUUUCUCCCUUCCUACCCUUCUUUUCAUUCCCUCCUUUUAUCUUGAAACCUUUCUAUCGGAAAAAAUCUUUUCUCCUCCCUCUCUUUUUCUCUCUCUCUCUCUCUUUUCUCUCUCUUUUUUUUCUCUCUUCUUUCUCUCUUUUCUCCCUUCUCUUUUUUUUCCUUUUUUUUUUAUUUCUCUUUCUUUCUUUUAUCUUUCUUUUUUUUCUCUCUUUCAGAUUCUCUUUCUAUUUUCAUUUUCUUUCUUUUUUUAUCCUUCUCUCUCUCUCUCUCUCUCUCUUCUCUUUUUUCUUCUCUUUCCUUCUCUCUCUUCUUUCUCCUUUCCUCCUUCUUUUCUCUUUCUUGAAUUAUUUCCUUUUUUCUUCUCUCCUCUUCUUUCUAUUUUCUUCUCUUUUUUUUCUCUCUCUCUUUUCUCUUUCUAUUUCUUCUUUCUUUUUUCUUCUUUUCUCUCUCUCUCUCUCUCUCUCUCUUUUUUUCUUCCAUUCCUCUCUCUCUUCUUUCUCCCUUCCUACCCUUCAAUUCUUUCCUCCUUUUUCUCAUUCUUUCUUUCUAUCGGUCGAUCUUUUUUUCUCUUUGAUUCUCUUUCUAUUUCAUGAAAAGGAGAAAAUAUCUUCCUCUCUCUCUCUCUCUCUCUCUCUCUUUUUUUUUUCGUCCUUUUCUUCCUUCUCUCUCUUUCUUUCUCUUCUUUCCUCCCUUCUCUCUCUUUUUUCUCUUUUUCUCUUCCUCUUCUUUUCUAUCUUUCCUCUUUUUGGCUCUCAGUCAGAUUCUCUUCUUUAUUUUCUCAUGAAAAGAAAAUAUUUCUCUCUCUCUCUCUCUCUCUCUCUCUCUCUCUUCUUUUUCUUUCCUUUUUCUUCUCUCUUUUUCUCCUUCCCCUUUCUUUUCAUUCCCUCCUUUUUCUUCUUCUUGAAACCCUUUCUGAGAAAAUAUCCACUCUCUCUCUCUCUCUCUCUCUCUCUCUUUUUAACUUUCCUUUCCUUCUCUCUCUUCUUCUUUCUCCUUAAAUACCCUUCAAUUUUUCCUCCUUUUUAUCUUUCUCCUUUCUAUCGGUCUAUCUUUUUAGCUCUCAUCUUUUUCUCUUUCUAUCUUUCAUUCUUUGGAAAAUAUUCUUCUCUCUCUCUCUCUCUCUCUCUCUUUUCUUUCUUUUUCUUUUUCCUUUUCUCUCUCUUCUUUCUCUUCAUUUCCUCUCCCCUUCUUUUCAUUUCCCUCUCUUAUUAUCUCUUGAAACCUUUCUUUCGGUCUUCUCUCUCUUCUUCUCUCUCCUCUUCUUUUCUCUUUCUUUCUUCUCUCUCUUUCUCUCUCUCUCUCUCCUCUCUCUCUCUUUUUUUAUUUUCUUUUCUCUUUCUUUCUUCUUUCUCUCUUCCUUCCUUCUUUCUCUUUUUCUUUCUCCUCUCUUUCUUUCUUUUAUUUUUUCUAUUCUUCUUUCUUUCCUCUCUCUUUCUUUCUUCUCUUUUUUUUUCUUUUUCUUUCUUUUCCUUUUCUUUCUUUCUCUCUCUCUUUUUAUCUUUUUUUUCUUCUUUUCUCUCUUUCUCUUUUCUCUUUCUUUUCCUCCUUAUUCUCUCUCUUCUUUCUGACUUUUCUUUUUCUUUCUUUCUCUUCAGUCUUUUUCUCUUUCUAUUUCUUCUUUUUCUUCCUUUUCUCUUUCUUUCUCUCUUCUCUCUUUCUCUUUUUCUUUUUUUCCUUUCUCUCUUCUUUCUCCCUUCCUUCCUUUUUUUCUCUUUUCCCUCCUUAUUAUCUCAUCUUUCUUUCUAUCGGUCCCAUCUUUUUUCUCAGUUUCUCUCUAUUUUCUUUUACUUUCUUUAUCUUCUCUCUCUCUCUCUCUCUCUCUCUCUUUUCUUUUCCAUUCCUUCUCUCUCUUCUUUCUUCUUUUCCUCCCUCUUCAAUAAUUCAUUUCCUCCCUCUUCUUUCUCUUUAAACCUUUCUUUCUUUCUCUUUUUUUUGGCUCUCUUCUUUCUCUUUCUAUUUACAUGA